GCAAUACCACGAGCUCCUUGUGUUUGAAACUUGAAACAGAAACACACCAGUGCUGGUGCUGGGCUGGCUCUGACACCGGGAAUUAAAUCGUUUACGGUUUGUUUAUGUUGGUUUAUUUUAUGUUCCAUCUCUCUUCUCACUGCGAACUGAAGCUUUGUCUGGUUUUUCACCACAUCAGCUUGUGGAACUGCCCAAGACACACUGGGAGAGCUACCUACAUCUUAUGAGUUGUGGAUCUGGCGCUUUAUCACUAAGGACUUUCUUGAGGCUGUGGGUUUGAAGUGGUGAAGGUGCAGUGAGCUGUUUUAAAGACUGCAAUGCAUCGCUUAAGGACUUUUGCUGCCCGGCUUCGGCCGCUCACAACCGCACAGAGUGCUCAGGUGUUCCUGCAGCAGAGGUCAGCGGCUUGUGCGUUAAGGACGUUUCAGUCAGAAAGGUGCUACACAGUGCCUGUUGUUGCUGAGCCCUUUCUUAAUGGAACGAGUUCCAACUACUUGGAGGAGAUGUACUAUGCAUGGCUAGAGAACCCUAAGAGUGUACAUAAGUCUUGGGACAUCUUCUUUCGCAAUGCCAAUGCUGAUGUACCCCCCGGCACUGCCUACCAGAGUCCCCCAUCACCCACAGCGAUAAAAUCCCAGCUGCUGGUUGGAUCUCAAGCCAAUGUGGAGAAGCUGGUGGGGGACCACCUGGCUGUGCAGUCUCUCAUCCGCGCCUACCAGAUACGUGGGCAUCACGUAGCUCAGCUGGACCCCUUGGGAAUCAUGGAUGCUGAUCUCGAUUUGUGUGUCCCCAUGGAUAUUAUCACAUCUUCCAGUAAGCUCGGGUUUUAUGGUUUGAGCGAUUCGGACCUGGACACAGUUUUCCGACUUCCCACCACCACCUUCAUUGGGGGCAGUGAAAGCGCUCUGCCACUCAGGGAGAUCAUCCGCCGCUUAGAGAUGGCAUACUGUCAGCACAUAGGAGUGGAGUUCAUGUUCAUCAACGAUUUAGCCCAGUGCCAAUGGAUCCGGCAGAACUUUGAGAAGCCUGGCGCAAUGCAGUUCACUCCAAACGAGAAACGCAAUCUUUUAGCCCGCAUGGUCCACUCUACUAGGUUUGAAGAGUUCUUACAAAGAAAGUGGUCCUCAGAGAAGCGUUUUGGACUGGAGGGAUGCGAAGCACUCAUCCCUGCACUCAAGACAAUCAUUGACAAGUCGAGUGAGAACGGUGUAGAGAAUGUAAUCCUGGGCAUGCCCCAUAGAGGACGUUUGAACGUACUGGCCAACGUCAUCCGUAAAGAGCUGGAGCAGAUCUUUUGUCAGUUUGAUUCCAAGCUCGAGGCUGCUGAUGAGGGUUCAGGUGACGUGAAGUAUCAUUUGGGGAUGUAUCACAGAUGUAUUAACCGUGUGACCAACCGCAACAUCACCCUGUCGCUGGUGGCCAACCCAUCUCACCUGGAGGCAGUGAACCCGGUAGUACAGGGCAAGACCAAGGCUGAGCAGUUCUACUGUGGAGACACUGAAGGCAACAGGGUGAUGUCUAUUCUGUUACAUGGAGAUGCAGCAUUUGCCGGGCAGGGCAUCGUGUAUGAAACCUUUCACCUGAGUGAUCUUCCCUCCUACACCACUCAUGGCACAGUCCAUGUGGUUGUCAACAACCAGAUUGGUUUCACCACUGACCCACGUAUGGCUCGAUCUUCUCCCUAUCCCACUGACGUGGCCCGGGUGGUCAAUGCCCCCAUCUUCCACGUCAAUGCCGAUGACCCCGAAGCUGUGAUGUACGUGUGUAAAGUUGCUGCCGAGUGGAGGGCGACGUUCCGUAAAGACGUGGUGGUGGACUUGGUAUGUUAUCGGCGGAAUGGCCACAACGAGAUGGAUGAGCCAAUGUUCACACAGCCACUGAUGUACAAACAGAUUAAAAAGCAGAGCCCAGUGCUGCAGAAAUAUGCAGAGAAGCUCAUAUCAGAGGGAGUUGUCACCAGGCAGGAGUAUGAGGAAGAGAUCACUAACUAUGACCAGAUCUGUGAGGAGGCUUACGCACGUUCCAAAGACAAGAAGAUCCUCCACAUCAAACACUGGCUUGACUCUCCCUGGCCUGAUUUCUUCACUCUGGAUGGCCACCCUAAGAGCAUGACCUGUCCAUCAACCGGCCUGAAAGAAGAGCAGCUUGCCCACAUCGGAAAAGUGGCUUCCUCUGUGCCUGUUGAUGACUUCACUAUCCACGGAGGUCUGAAACGCAUCCUGAAGAGCAGAGAGGCGAUGGUGGAGAACCGGACAGUGGACUGGGCCCUGGGCGAGUACAUGGCCUUCGGCUCGUUGCUGAAAGAGGGUAUCCAUGUGCGGCUUAGCGGCCAGGAUGUGGAGAGAGGCACCUUCAGCCACCGCCACCAUGUACUGCAUGAUCAGAAGGUAGACAAGAGAACCUGCAUCCCUAUGAAUCACAUCGACCACAACCAGGCUCCUUACACUGUGUGCAAUAGCUCGCUGUCAGAGUAUGGGGUACUAGGCUUUGAGCUGGGCUUUGCGAUGGCUAGCCCUAAUGCACUAGUGCUUUGGGAGGCACAGUUCGGAGACUUCCACAACACAGCCCAGUGCAUCAUCGACCAGUUCAUCUGUGCAGGCCAGGCUAAGUGGGUGCGCCAAAAUGGCAUUGUCCUCCUGCUUCCCCAUGGCAUGGAGGGAAUGGGUCCUGAACACUCCUCUGCUCGCCCGGAGCGCUUCCUUCAGAUGUGCAACGAUGACCCUGAUGUUUUCCCUAAAAUCACAGCUGGCUUUGAGGUACAGCAGUUGUAUGACUGUAACUGGAUUGUGGUGAACUGCUCCACCCCUGCCAACUACUUUCAUGUGCUCAGGAGGCAGAUCCUUCAAGCAUUCCGCAAACCUCUAAUUAUAUUUACCCCCAAAUCCUUGUUACGCCACCCGGAAGCUAAGUCCACAUUCGAUGACAUGCUCCCUGGCACACACUUCAAGCGUUUGAUCCCAGAAGAGGGCCCAGCAUCCCAGAAUCCAGCUGGAGUGAAGCGCAUUAUCUUCUGCACUGGCAAGGUGUAUUAUGACCUGAUCAAAGAGCGCAAGAACAAAGAAAUGGACGCUACAGUGGCUAUUUCCCGCAUCGAACAGCUCUCUCCGUUCCCAUUUGACUUGGUGAAAGCAGAGGUUGAGAAGUAUCCGGAGGCUGACCUGGUGUGGUGCCAAGAGGAGCACAAGAACCAGGGCUACUACGACUACAUCAGACCGCGUAUCCGCACCACCAUCGCCCGCACACGUCCUGUCUGGUACGCUGGUCGUGAGCCUGCUGCUGCCCCGGCCACUGGGAACAAGAAGGCCCAUCUCAUAGAGCUGGAUCGUUUCCUGAACACAGCCUUCAAAUUGGAUGCCUUCCAAGAUCAGCCUUAAACAUCACUCCACCAAACACCCCCCCCCUUCCCUGCAGAGAAAUGCGGCAUCCAAUCAUCUCCAUCUUCAUCUUCAUCUUCAUUCUCCAGACACAGAUAUAAUGGAACUGUUUCCCAGUCAUUACACUGGCACCGUCUCUGUAUUGCUACAGCAAGGAAGCAUCAGAGAUUGUAAGACCGACCGGCUAGACUUUGGUGCAAUAAUUCCUAUUUAAAUUAAAUUCAAAACACUGGCUGCUUUGAAACUGAGGACAUUGCAGCUUUUACUGCUGACAUGGUGCAUGAACCAACAGGCAUUUUAGACUUUUUUUUCCACUUUUAGAUGCUAUUUAUGUACCAAAAUACGACAUAUCCAAACAUGCGUACCACUGAAGGCUAGGUUUUAAGUGAGAGUGGAAGGAAACAGAUUGAACCUGUGGAUCUUGUUUUUAACGGACUGCGAAUGGAAUUUUAUGAAUUUAUUUAAUUUCGUUGACCAGCUGAUUGUACCCAAGGCCCAUUUGUCUUCUGUGGCUAUAACUCAGGCAAAAAGGAAAGUGGGAAAGCAAAGUAUAUAGCUCUUGUUAUUUCUAUCCUUCUCGAUCCUCUUUAUCUGACCUCUGAAACAGAACACUCAGGAGACUACUCAAGAAAGAUGAAAUCUCCUUUUAUUGUCAAACAGGAUGUCAAACAAACCUCUACAAAACUAGCGACUUUAAUUUAUUUUCUUAAUAUUGUAUGUUGCACUCUUAAAAUACCUCAUUCAAUAAAAGCAGCUUGGCUUCA